CAAGAAAUUAUUAAGUGGGGCUGUGGGGGCCUGAUGGCAGCCUGAACCCUGAAGAGCGAAGAAUCAAGCGUGAAGCGUCCCUGGAGGCCGGAGCCCCUAAAAGCAAUUAUUAACCAACGGAAGAAGAGAAAGGGGAGGAAUCGGACAAUAUGGGUAUCUCGGCUGCCAUCGGAGACGCAGAAGCGGAAAAAUCACUGCUUCUGACAACUAACACCAGCGGCAACGACAAGGUCCCAAAGGACACCUUCCACUUAGCCUACAUCAUCUACUUCACCCUGGGUACGGGUUUCCUUCUCCCAUGGAACGCCUUCAUAACCGCCGUCGACUACUUCACCUACCUCUACCCGGAUGUUAGCGUUGACCGCGUCUUCGCCGUCGUGUACAUGCUGAUCUGCCUCUUCUGCCUCCUCGUCAUCACUGCUUACGCCCACAAAUCCGAUUCUUUCAUCAGGAUCAACAUCGGCCUUGCUCUGUUUGUUGUGUCGCUGAUCAUUGUGCCAGUCAUGGACGUGUUGUACACUAAGGGAAGGAGGGGAUUAUAUGACGGAUACUAUGUUACGGUUGGUGCGGUUGGCCUUUCUGGAGUGGCUGAUGCCUUGGUCCAGGGUGGGGUUAUUGGGUCUGCUGGGGAGCUCCCAGAGAGGUACAUGCAAGCUGUGGUUGCUGGAACGGCUGCUUCUGGGGUUCUUGUUUCAAUUCUGAGGAUCAUAACCAAAGCCAUGUUUCCACAGGAUCCCCAUGGUCUCAGAAAAAGUGCAAUCCUUUACUUCAUUGUUGGUAUUGUGGUUAUGGUCAUAUGCAUUGUUUUCCACAAUGUAGCACACAGGCUUCCAAUUAUUCAAUAUUACAAAGAUAUAAAAACACAGGCUGCACUUGAGGAGGAAAAUGAGGAAGGUUUCACGAGUGGGUCUACCUGGAGAUCAACCUUGUGGGACAUUAUAGGGAGAGUCAAGUGGUUUGGGUUUGGGAUAGUCCUUAUCUACAUUGUGACAUUGUCAAUAUUUCCAGGAUAUAUUACAGAAGAUGUGCACUCACUGAUCCUAAAAGACUGGUAUCCAAUCCUUCUCAUUAGUGCCUACAAUGUGUUUGAUCUCAUUGGCAAGUCCUUGACUGCAGUGUACCUCCUUGAGAAUUCAAAGGUUGCCAUUGGCGCCUGUGUUGCAAGGCUGCUAUUUUACCCACUCUUCUUAGGCUGCUUGCAUGGUCCCAAGUUUUUUCGAACAGAGAUUCCAGUCACACUGCUAACGUGCCUUCUUGGCUUGACGAAUGGCUAUUUUACAAGUGUUUUGAUGAUUGUGGCGCCCAAGACUGUCCAGCUACAACAUGCUGAGUCUGCAGGUUUUGUGAUUGUACUGUUCUUGGUUGUUGGCUUAGCAAUUGGUUCGGUGGUAGCUUGGUUUUGGGUCAUCUGAUCGCUUAGCAAUUUGUAAUGUCUUUCAAACCCCCAACCCAGUGUAAGGUGGAUGGGGGAACUGUCAGUGAUUGCAAGGUUCCUAUUCCUGGAUCCAGUUUUAAUUUGUAAAUCCAUGACACCACCUAUUUUAACAAGUUAAUCUACUCAUGAAACACGAGUGGUUGCUGUAUAAGAAAUAAUGUAUAGAUUGGGUUUGCACUUUACACCA